AUGGCACACGAUGGGAACAGGGAGAUCCAGGUCCCGAUCAUUGGCCCUCGAGAUACUCUCCGAGCGAGGUGGGAAUUCUUCCACAACGCCGCGGCAAUGUUGAACGAGGGUUACAGUAGGUACAAAGACAGAGUCUUCAAGCUAUCAUCUCACGACACUGUGGUGAUCCCGAGGAAAUAUGUUGCGGAGCUGAAAAGCCUCCCCGAUGAGAAGCUCAGUUCAAUUCAAGCAAAUAUCGACAAUUUCGAGGGUCUUUAUUCCACCACUGCAAUACUGCUUGAGGGAAACCUACAUACUAGAGUGCUUCAGAGCCGACUUACACCGAGGCUCCGCCACCACGUGCCAAUUGUUCAAGAAGUAUUGGCAAGAAAUCUUCCCGAGGAGCUUCCCGUCGACAAAGGCGAAUACAGGAGUUUCGAGGCUUUCGAUCUGGUGCUUCGCCUCGUUUCGUUCAUUGCAGCCAGACAUUUCGUUGGCCCACCACUAUGUGAAGACGAAGAGUGGUUAUCGACAGCCUUGACCUACACAGAGAAUGUGUUCAAAACCAUCAUAUUUCUUCGCAUCUUCCCUGACUGGGCAAAACCGAUCGUUGCCCUUUUCAUACCGUAUUCUUACAAGGUCUCGUGGGCAUUGCGAAAAGCCAAGCGCAUCGUCAUUCCUCAGAUUCUAAAGCGACGUGAAGAAGAACGUAAUAACCCGGAUUACCAAAAGCCUGAGGAUUUCCUUCAGUACCUGAUGGACGGUUCUGACGAAUACAGUGGCCGCCCGGAUAAGCUGGCCCAUCGUCUGCUGAUUCUGACCCUAGCAGCUGUUCAUACGACCUCCAUGGCUGCGACACAGACCUUAUUCGAUUUGUGUGCCCAUCCUGAGUACAUUGACGUAUUAAGGCAGGAGGUCUUAGACGUCCUGAAAGAUCACGACGGCUACAAGAAACAGACUUUGACGAAUUUCAAGAAGAUGGACAGCUUCAUGCGAGAAUCGCAGCGACUGAACCCGCCCAGUCUACUCGGGUUUAAACGCGCUGUACGAGAGCCUCUGACGCUAUCUGAUGGUACCCAUCUUCCUAAGGGGGCACACCUGAUGGUUGCAAUAUCCCCAGUAGUGUUUGACCCUGAGGUAAUUCUGGAGCCUCAUCGCUUCGACGGGCUUCGGCAUUACAACGAGCGUUCACAGCCAGGAGAGAGUCUGCGACACCAGUUCAUAACCACAAGCGACCACAACCUGCAUUUUGGUCACGGAAAAUUUGCUUGCCCCGGGCGCUUUCUAGCGGGAAACUCGAUAAAAAUGAUCGUCUCGAAUAUCCUCCUCCGGUACGAUUUCCGUUUCCCGGACGGUACCAAAGAGAGACCCCCUAAUAUGCGUGUACACGAAUACGUAUUCCCCAAUCCAGAGGCUCACAUUGAGUUCAAAUUGAGGGACGAAAUAUCCCACUGGGUUCCCAAGGAGGAUGGGCGUAGUGGCUAG